UUAAUUUGAGCACCGUCAUCGCCCAGCAAGAUUUUUGUUUUCUUUUUCCUCUUCCCUUCUUCUCUGCUUCUUCUCCGCUAUCAAUAAUGUCGUAACAAAAUCCAUGUUCAACAUUUUCUUUCCUCCUUUCUUCCAUUUGAUUUUAUUUUAUUCUCUUUCGUUUUCUUUUUUCUCUCGCUACUUCGGCUUCCGAUGGAGGAUUUCUUUUCGUUAUCGUCUUUUGCUACUAAGCUUUGAGUAAAUCUCAGCUGCGAAGUUCAGCUGCCAUUUCUGUUCAUCAAUCCGUAUCAAUUCGCGUUUCAGAGCUCUUUUCUGGAGCUUACGUUACUAAAUUUGUCGACACUAAGCAUUUUCAACGACUGUUGGAAUCUUGUUUGCAGGUGAAUAAUCAAGCCUACAAGAGCUAUACCUAUGCAUAUAACCACGUUUGUUUCUGCAGCCUUUGCUGUGCUUAAAGAGUUCCUAAAUUGUAUAGAGAGAUGUGAUCAUUCUGCUUUCAACUGAUAUGAAGACGGCACAGAGAGCUCAAGAUACAAAAAAAGCUUUGGAUGAAACUGAAAAUAACCUACCAAACAACAAAACUGAGGCUCCUAUAACAGACGCAGGUUCAGUAUCUGGCUCAAACAAUGAUGGCAAAAAAGUUUCUCACCAAGAUAUUGAAUUUGUCCAGAAUUUAAUAGAGCGGUGCCUACAAUUGUAUAUGAAUAGAGAUGAGGUAGUUAAGACCCUGCUGAAUCGUGCAAGGAUAGAUCCUGGAUUUACGUCAUUAGUUUGGCAGAAGCUGGAAGAAGAGAAUGCUGAUUUUUUCAGAGCUUAUUACAUAAGGUUAAAAUUGAAAAAGCAAAUCCUCCUUUUUAAUCAUUUGCUUGAACAUCAAUACCGUCUCAUGAACUAUUCCAUGCCUCCCAAAGUUCCAUUAGCUCCUAUGCAGAAUGGAAUUCAUCCUAUAUCUGUUAACAACUUACCAAUGGGAUAUCCAGUCCUUCAACAACCGCCUAUUUCAAUGCCAGGUCAACCCCAUUUGGAUACCAUGGGCUCUGGAAUGUCAAGCUGCCAUGUUGUUAAUGGAGUUCCUGCACCUAGUAACUUCCAUCCUAUUAGGAUGAACUCUGGGAACGAUAUGUUGAUGAACAGCGAGGCUGAUGUGGUUCCUGUUAUUCCACCAAACGGUAACAUGUCCUCCCUUUCAGAGAUGUCUCUGAGUCCUACAUCAGUGGCAUCCAGUGGUCAUUUCUCAUUCACUGCUCCAGAAAUAUCCGGAAUUGGAGUAGAUACUUCUGCACUCGAUACUGCAUUUACAUCAGACAUGGUAAGUUCAGUGGGUUUGCAACUUUCACAAGAUGGUGGAGCUGGAAAUUCUAGGGAUUCUCUCAGAUCAUUGGAUCAGAUACAGUGGAAUUUUAACCUGGAUUUUACAACAGAUCUAUCGAAUUUGGGAGAUUUAGGACCAUUAGGUAACUACCCUGGUUCUCCUUUUUUGCCCUCGGACUCAGAAAUUUUAAUUGAUUCACCGGAGCAAGAAGAUAUAGGUAUACCGACUCUUACCAGCUCAAAAUUGUUUGAUAUAACUAAACCCUUCUUUUUCAAAAUCAAACAUACGUUGCGCGUGUGUGUAUCUACAUAUACAUAUAUGUAUAUAUUGUUCUAUAAGACGAAUGUUAAUUAGAUUUAUAUAGCAAGUGCAAUUUACAUUUAUACAACAUACGUUAACCUUUUCUUUCUUCAAGUAUGACUUGCAACUCAGAAGUAUCUGGGCCGUCCAUGCAAAGUUGGAUGGCGUAGAUAUAACAUAUCACUUACAUAUCUAAGAAAGCCCAAAAAUCGAUUAUAAACCAGUAUGUACAUAGCUUGUCACGUGGCUACUCACUCGCUAACUUCUCAUUUUUAUCUCAGUGGAGGAGUUCUUUGUUGAUUCCGUCCCUGGGCCGCCAGACGAAGAGAAAUCCUAAACAAAGGUGACAGAAGUCUUUUUUUACCAUUUGAAUAAGUAGGAUAGGAUAAGAUUUGACCAGAAAUCAAGAGCCCAUUGUCUAUUAAUAAAUAGGCAUUCAGUAAUUUUGUCAUCAACAAAAUUUCAAUUAUUUAAAUAUCGUAGUCGCAUAGCUUGGUUUGUAGGAAUGUAGAUAGGGAAUUAGCCUAGUCAUGUAGGGGAAGGAAGCCGUAGUUCUCUUGUGUUGCUCAUUUCGGAAAUCUCCAUUUGCUUAGAAGUUGAAGCAGCUGGCUGUUCAGUUUUUAAUCCCCAGUCUGGAUUUAAAGGUCAUAUUUCGACCGUCCUAUAAUUAGCACUACUUUUUAGAUGUUUGAUUGUCCUGCUCUCAUUUAAUGCCUUUGAUUAAUGGAAACACCCAUCAAAUUAUCUGA